UCAUUUAGGGGUGCCUCCAGGACGGGGAAACUGCCCCUUGACCAGUCCUUUGCCUUUCGACCUGAUUUACACCGACUACCACGGUCUCCAACAGAUGAAGCAGCACAUGGGGCUCUCCUUUAAAAAAUACAGGUGCCGCGUCCGGGUCAUUGAUACCUUUGGGACGGAGCCGGCUUACAACCACGAGGAGUACGCCACGCUGCGCGGCUACCGCACCAACUGGGGCUACUGGAACCUACAGCCCACCCAGUUCAUGACCAUGUUCCCUCACACCCCCGACAACUCCUUCAUGGGCUUCGUGUCGGAGGAGCUCAACAAGACAGAGAGGCAAUUAAUCAAGGCCGGCAAAGUGAGCAGCAUGGCGGUGGUGUACGGGAAGGAAGCCAGCAUCUGGAAGGGCAAGGAAAAGUUCCUGGCCAUCCUCAACAAGUACAUGGAGAUCCACGGCACGGUUUAUUACGAGACGCAGAGGCCGCCCGAGGUCCCGGCGUUCGUGAAGAACCACGGGCUGCUGCCGCAGCACGAGUUUCAGCAGCUGCUGAGGAAGGCGAAGCUCUUCAUUGGCUUUGGGUUCCCCUACGAGGGUCCUGCCCCGCUGGAGGCGAUCGCCAACGGCUGCGUUUUCCUGCAGGCGCGUUUCAACCCCCCGCACAGCUCCCUCAACCACGAGUUCUUCCGCGGGAAGCCGACGUCGAGGGAGGUGUCCUCCCAACACCCGUAUGCCGAAGACUUCAUCGGGAAGCCGCAUGUGUGGACUGUCGACUACAAUAACUCUGAAGAGUUUGAAGCUGCUAUCAAAACCAUCAUGAGGACCCAGGUGGACCCUUACCUGCCUUACGAGUACACCUGCGAGGGGAUGCUGGAGCGGAUCCACGCCUACAUUCAGCACCAGGAUUUCUGCACCACCUCGUCUCCUCCUCUGCCUCCCAAGGCCAAGAGUCCAGCUAUGCAAAGCCCUCCAAGCCCGCUGGCCCUGUCCCCCAACGCCACUCACCUGGUGUGGUCCCCCAGCGCCAGCCGGGACCCCCACGCCUGGCCCCCAGUGGAUUCUCUGCAGGUGUGGGUGUCGGAGACCCAUCAUGCCUGCACCGAGACGUGCCGGCAACAUGGGCUGGUCUGCGAGCCCACCUUCUUCAGGUUCCUCAACAAGAAGGAGGUGUUUCUCCAGCUCAGCAUCACCUGCGACAGCACCGAGUACGAGAUGAACCAUCUCUACCCAGCGGUGGCCGAGAACGUCCACGAGUGCUACCUCCAGAAGGAGCCGCUGCUCUUCAGCUGCGCGGGCUACAACACCAAGUACCGGCGCCUCUGCCCCUGCCGCGACUACCGCAAAGGACAAGUGGCUCUGUGCAGAGACUGCUUGUGACUUGGUGUGCAUCCCCGCCGUGUUUCCGACACGCAACGUGCAACGAGUGGCUUUUUCUCAAAGCUUCUGCAAUAGUCAAGGGAGGUGGGACAGGUCCCUCCCGGUGGGUGAGCUGGGGCUGUCAGACUCUGGGGGUUGUUUUGUCCACCAGUCAACUGUGAAUGACCAUGUCCUGACCUUUGGUUUCAUUUUCUUCUCGAGGAGCAUCAUCCAACCGCAUCCGAACCCACCUGGACCUGGUGGCGCUGGGACAGGGCGGUGGGGAGAGGGGGGCCGGGAACAUCCUUCCCCUCCUCUGGCAAUGGGACAAGCCACCAGCAGACUGCAGUUUCAGGGUUUUCAUCCUCUUCAAGCAUCCUAGCUUGUUUUAUUUAUUGAUGGUUUUUUUUUAACCCUUCCCCCUGACAAGUGGUAAAUUAAAGGGGAAGCGACACCCA